GUGUAGCACCGUCCGUCGCCGGCGCAGUUACGAAAUACAUAGAAUAUCAGUCGAGAAUUAAAAUAGAAACGUUUUAAAUUCUGUUGAUUCUGGUAUCGCGAGCGUUACUAACGCGCGUCCUAUACUUUAUUUAUAUUCGGUUUUUUUAUUUAUUUAUCGUUACCAUGAGAGAAUCGAACGGCGUGUCCUGCGAGAAGCCACUGGGCAGGCGAGUCGCCGUGCCCGUCAUCCACGUCAGUGGGACCCACUACGAAGUCGGAUACGAUGUCGGCCGUACGUUCUCAUCAAUCAUCAAAAGCUUCAUCGCCACGUAUGAGAACCUGCGCGACUUCGAGAAGGAGUACGCCACAGACACGGGCAGGAAGGCGUACGACACCACGCUGGCCAACAUGAAGAGGAGGUUCCCGCACUACGUCAAGGAGAUGCAGGGAGUCGCCGACGGAGCCAACGUGAACUUCACGCAGCUGUUCCUGCUGCAGAUGGACGACCUGAUCGGCAACGUGAACGACAACCACAUCCCGAGGAACGACACCGGCGGCUGCAGCUCCAUCGCCUUCAAGAACCCUCAGGCUACUUUGCUGGGUCACACCGAGGAUGCCUUCCAUGAGACGUUGAACCACUUCUACAUCAUGUCUGCUCACAUUACACCUUCGCCGGAGGACGCUAAAGCUGGAGCGGUCGAGGAGCGGUUCGCGUCCCUGUGCUACGCGGGCCACAUGCCUGGGUACACAAUGGGCUACAACGGGAACGGGCUGGUCUUCUCCAUCAACACCCUCAGCCCUCUCGUCCUCAAGCAUGGCAACACACCCAGGACAUUCAUCACCCGAGCGAUGCUGGCUGCCAAAAACUUCGAGGAAGCUGAGCACAUCCUGCUGGACGAGGGCCUGGGCAUCGGCAACGGGUUCUCAGUGAACAUGAUCUGGACCAACAACUGGGGCGACCGGCAGAUAUACAACGUCGAGGUGUCGCCCGACCUGAAGGCAGACCGCUCGCACCUCAACGUGCAGAAGUACGACAAGGAACCGCUGGUGCACACCAACAAAUACCUACGCACCAACAUAACAGAGGCGACGGGCCGCAUCAUAGACAGCAGCGUGGCGCGCCUGAGGGUGAUCCACAGCUACCCCAAGCCGCACACUCGCAAGGAGCUGGCGGAGAUCAUCUCCGACACCAGCGACAAGGAGUUCCGCCUGUUCCAGGACCAUCCUGAUGACAUCAUCAUGACUAUCGCAGCAGGUAUCUUCGACCUGGACAAGCGGACAUGGAGCAUCUACAUCAACAAGCCAAAGUGCUCGGAGCCGGUCGCUGUGCUGCCUAUCACCUUCUCCGCUUUAGACUACUAGGCCAGCAGUCCAACACGUGACAUGCAGUGAGGUGUCACUAUACAACAGCCUCGGUACAUGAACGGGAGAUACUAUAUGCUGGAACGUUAUAUAUAUAUCUCCCUCGUAGACAAUUUAAUGUAUUGUAUAACGACCGUAGUAUAAAGGAUAUGUAGGAACACUUAUUUUGCUUUUGCGUAGUUUAGAAAUAACGUGGAGUUCAGACAACAAAGUGUUGUAAUAGUGUACGUUCAGACUGUUGACGACCACGCCAUUCCUAUGUUCAGUAUUUGAGUUUAAAUAUUUAGUACAAUGUACGCAUCUAAUGGUAUCAGCACCUAGAGUAUAACUUAAGUAGUACAUCUGUCCGUCCGUUUAUAUAACUCUUAUAAUAUAAAUAAUUUUAAUGUUUGAGUACAUAAGUACCUACGAAUAGAACAAUUGUGUGAUAUAGUUAGACAGCUAGAUUUUCCUGCAAAUAUAUAAAUAUAAAUACUUGCCAUUCUUGCGAAUUCCAAUAAGUUGUAACAGAUUAAAAUGUAUGAUAAUUUUAAUUUAUUUCUAAGCCAUGUGCACUAAUGUGCAGGCCAUAAGCAUAAACAAGUAGAAUACUAUGUACACGGCUUCAGAGCCAUUAUGUUAUGUUCAUUGUUAAAAGCUGGAGCAGUUGCUGCCAACCGUCUGUAGGCGUUAACUAUGUUGUAAAAUUACUAUGUUUAAUUAUUGUUUCAUAUAAUAUUUCAGAUAUAAUGUUAAUUCUUAUUUACCUCGAUGCUAUAAUGUUGAUUUGUUUUUGUCUACCAACCGCCAUCAAAUAGUAUAGGAAUAAAAUAUACCAUUUAUUUAUAGUUAAUAUUAUUUAUUUACUUUAACGUCUAUACAAUAGUUGUGUGGUGUUAAUAAACAAGUUAUCUGAUGCAAA